AUGGCUGGGGACGCCUUUACUCGCGCCUUUGCCGCCGGCGCGCCCGUCAACCCCUCGAGCGCUCAAAUACCCGACGCUUUUCCCCAGCCAAUUACGAUGCAAGACGUACUGAUGCUCGCAGGCCGCGCCCAAGCGGCGCUCGAGGCGCCAGCCAAGGAGCGCCGUGUCGCGGAAGUCGCUCUCCACGCCGAACUUUACCGUUACUGGCCGUCCAUGGCGGAAGCGGCCGACACAAAUAGAAUACGGCUCCCGUACGUCCUAGCGGCUGCAUGCGAUGGCCUACUUGGCUGGCCUUUCAAGACCCUGGACGGUGUUUCGGAGAUAGUCGCGAAGUCCAAGUCCCAGCCCAAGAACGAGCCCCUACCGUUGAUCCCCAGGGAGCUCAUUCAAGAGCUCGACUAUUCAAGAGAAGCCGCCAGCUCUGUCGGCUGGUGGAGGCAAGAGGCGAACAAUCGCGACACUCCUGGGCCCUCGAAUGCGGGCGAGGGAUCCCGCACGAAGAAGCGCGCACGGAUCUUAGAUCCUGUUCCCGAGAAGAACACCGAAGACGAGGAGCAGGCGAAGAAGCGGCGACGAUCGACUCCCGAGAAGGCUCCUGCCCCGAAGCAAGGUGCGAGAAACACCAGGAACACCAGGAAGACCAAGAUCAAGUCCCCGGAGUUCGUCUCGGACUCUGAGGAGGAGGAGCUACUCCCGCCGCCGGGCAAAGACGACGCGGCCUUGUCGAAAGAGGCUCGCGCUGAAGACGCCGAGCCCGAGGAGGAAGAGGCGGGCCCCUCCAAGACUGGGCGGAGGAGGUCAGGCGCGUCCUCGCCGCAAGCCUUACGGACUCGGUCGAAGUCCAAAUCCGAUGACAAGACAAGUCUGCAGCCCGCAAAGGACGUCGGUGGCUCAGCUGGAAAGACGGUUAUGAAGACGGGCGCGGUGAAGCCGCCGGUCAAGGCGCCGCUGUCAAAGGGCAAAUCUGCGGGCCCUUCGUCUAUUCGUAAAGAGCGUGACGAGGUUCCACCUGCGUCCGCUGGAUCAAGGCGAAAGGCGCCGACAGUAGAGGUAGAUGAGGUGGAGGUGAACAAGGCUGAGAUAGAGGCGGAAAAGAAUGGGCGGGCUGGCGACGUGAUCAUUCCGCCUGUUGAGUGCGACCGUUGCGUCCACCUCGGUAAGAAGUGCCUCUUCGUGGUGGAGAAGAGCAAGAAAGCCCCGAGUGGGACGGUAAUCGUGGCUCGGUGCACGGCCUGUAAGAUAGGGAAGGUGCCGUGCUCGCUGGUCCCUCGGCACAUGAUCGACGGCUCGGUCUUCAAGAACGCUGUUGCCGGUGUAGCCGCAAUCAAGUGGCGGAAGAUGGUACGGGUCCUUAAGGCCUCGGGGGCGGUCUAUCCCGAAGUUCCAAUUUGGAACGGUGCGAAGGGUCAGUGGGUAGCUGACCUGGACACCUGGGAUGACACGAAGGACGAAGUCUCCGCUGCGGUGGUGGACUGGAUAGAGAGGCGUAAGAUUGCGAAGCUGAAGGGUCGGCUCGCCGAUCCGCCUUACCUUCCGAAGAAAGGCGACGGGGACACGGACAGCGACCAGGAUCGGCAAGUCUCCGGGUCUGGGAAGAAGAAGAAGCAGGCUCAGCAGAAGAGUCCGCCAGCCGUCGAACAGCGUCCAACGCCAGAAUCGGAGACCGCGGACGACGAUGUCCAGAUGGCUGAAGUGAAGAUCGAGCCGGAACCGGAAGAGGCCGCCCUCCCUACAGGCGAAGUUUUGGUGAGUGCCCUUCUGCUGCUCUGCAGUCUGGCCGUACGCCUGAACUUCUCGAAGACAGAGACGCUCUCCGCCCGCGCCGCAGGGAAGCGGCCAGCGAAGCCGCUGAAGAGCUUCCGUGAGAUGGACCGCGACUCAGUCAUAUCCAUUUCUGACGACGAGGCCGUCCCGCCCACUCACGAACGGGCUCGCUCAUUGGACGAGGAAGGGUCGCCUGAUGCUCCGAUGCCGCCGUUGCCACCACCGCCAGGACCUUCCCGCUCGCACACUGCUGACUCCAACGCUGGGCCGUCUCUUGGCAUGUCUCCGUUCGACAAAGCCGCGUUGCCCUGGACGCUGCUGCCUCAAAGCACCGGGCAGCCUGUCUCCGUCGAACAGCUCAACUCGCAGGUCGUUGAAAACAACGAAAUCAGGGCGAAGCUCGCGGAGAUCUUGAAAGGACGUCCGCCCGAAGUGGACGCGUUUACGAUGGAGCUUCGAGAACUUCGGAGCGAAGUUCGAACUACGGCCGAGAGCACGGCUCAGAGGUUCGACGAGAUCCACGCCCGCCUGGACGACUUGGCCCGGUCUCAAGUCUCCGUGGAGACGCGCCUGAGAGAGGCAGAAAAUGCUCGGCGCUGGAGCGAAGUCACUGCUAACGCGGUCCAGCAGGGGAUGCAGGCGACGAUCCGCCGCACUGAGGAGAUCGAAGGCCGCAUGCGUGCAGAGAUGGAAGUCGGGCCUGUUGCGCCUCUCCGCGCGCCGCCUGCCGGUCCCUCACAGCCACACUUUGGCCCUUCUUUCCCGCCUCUCCGCGUCGCCAACCUCCGUGGGCCGCCACCACAUCCCGCCAAGCCGUGCCCAGUCCACCCGCUAUGGGUGAGCUCCAGCCUGUACCCGAAGGCGACAAUGUUCCCCUGCCUGCGCCGUCUCCCCGGUCGAACCCCCGGCUCCGGCGACCAAAGCCGUCUUUCUCGGCGUUCAGCGCCCCGAGUGACGCCUCCCACCUUUGCCGCUCUCGCUCGCUACGGGUCGCUGGUCUCGUCCGAACGUGCGAGCUCGGCAUCACCCUCAGACGCCGAGUUGAGAGCAUCCAAGCCGGAGCAACAGGCCGACUCGCCCACAUUCGAUCAGACACCCCAAACCUCUCGGUCUCAGUCCAUCGAAGCACGCACGGUCGAGGAGUCCGACCAGCUCGGCGUAGAGGCGACUGACAAAGGCGUGGGCGCCGCUGACAACGGUGGAGGAGACCAGAGCGAAAACGACGAUGGGCGCGACGUUUCGGCGAAAGAUCUCGGAGGUGAGCAGCCGGUUGAGUCAGGCGGCGAGCUGGGUAUGGACCUGUCGGAGUGA